GGCAGAUAUAACCCCCGGUCCACUUCCGUUAAAAACAAAUCCAAUAUAAUUGUUUUGAUUUUGUUACAUGUAAAAGGCAACCUGUUUUACAGUUUGUGAAGCUGUAAGGUGGUGGUGUCAUGGAUACGUCUGAGGAUCCCCUGUUGCCUCAGGCUCAUGGUCCAAUACCAAAGGAUCGGUUUCACAUGGUGUAUUUCAUAUUUUACCUUCUGGGUCUGGGUUCUUUGAUACCAUGGAACUUCUUCAUAACAGCCAGUGAGUAUUUCAAGUUCAAGUUUCGCAAUACAACCCUUCCUGAUGAUGAAUACCUGGACCCUGAACAUGAGACUGAUCUGCAGGCGAUGUUUGAGAGUUAUCUCACCCUGGCCAGUACCGCACCUAACCUCCUGUUUAACCUCAUCACUACUCUCCUUAUUUCACGGAUAGGAUUGAAAGUGCGGAUGUCAACAGCUCUGUUCCUGAUCACCUCCAUGUUUGUGUUGACUGCCUCCCUUGUGAAAAUGAAUACAGAUUCCUGGCAAGACAGUUUCUUCUGGAUUACAAUGAUCACUGCCGUUUUCAUUAACAUUGGCAGUUCAAUCCUGGGAGCAUCCCUGUUUGGCGUGGCGAGUCUCUUCCCCUCCCACUACAUGCAGGCCACAAUGUCUGGCCAGGCCAUGGGAGGAAUCUUCGCAGCUGUUGCUAAUCUAGUCACGCUCGCCCUAGGAUCAGACGUGGUCGACAGCGGGCUCGGAUUCUUCCUGUUUGCCACCUUUAUGUCAAUAUGUACACUCAUAGGAUAUGCUUCAUUAUACUGUAUAAACUAUUCAAGAUACCAUAUAUUAGAAAUAGGAAACACUUUAAUUGUGCCCGUUCAAGUAGGAGAGGACACAGUAGAGACAAGACCAACCAGAAGUAACGGCUCUGGCAACACCAAACUUAUAAUCAAAAGGAUCUGGAAGGAGGGACUGAGCGUGUGUUUGAUAUUCCUGGUUACUGUAUCCUGUUUCCCAGCAGUGGCCUCCUCUGUAGUCUCUGUUAACAACACUGACUGGACAGAGAAGUACUUUUCUGGUCUGGUAUGUUUCCUGCUGUUUAACGCUGGGGACUGGGCAGGGAGAUCUGUGGCUGGCACCUUCAAAAGGCCUGGUAUUGGGAAGUCUAACCUCCUGUUGGUGUUGUCAGUAAUGCGAGUGGUGUUUAUACCACUCAUCAUGUUCUGUAAUGCCCAGCCUCGGCAUGACCCUGUCAUCUUCAACAGUGACGCCUUCCCAGUCAUCUUCAUCAUGCUGCUAGGACUCACAAAUGGCUACCUGGGAACUCUGGCCAUGAUGUAUGGACCUAGUAUGGUGAUGGCAGAGCAUGCAGAGAUGACAGGGGCUAUCAUGGCGACGUGUCUUACAUCUGGACUUGUGUCUGGUUCACUGAUGGCCAUCCUUCUCAUGAAGUCGCUAUGAGCCACACUAUUUUGUGAAUUAAAUCCUAAUCACAGUUGUGCAAAGUUAUAUAAUGAGUAGUCUGUGAUGUAUUGGCUGCCAGGGUUGUAUGUUAAAUCAAAUUUGUAGAGUGUAAAUCUCAUAAUUUUGUUGUUAACAGAUAAUUGAGAAUCAGUAAGGUCCAAACUUGCAACAACAAUUUUCUAAGAUGAUCUAUGUUUAGCAAGAUAUAAUGUAGGCAUUAUUCCAUUUGGCGGACAUACUUGCCUACUUGAGGCCUACAUGCAGUUACUUACCUAAUAUAAGAAUCAUUGGGUCUCAUCCUCUUGUGACUUCAAAUUAGAUACAUCAUUACUUGAAUGGAAUAUAUACCAGGAAGAUAAACUAUAUCUCCACAUUUAAACAUAUUUCUUUCACAAACUGUGAUAGUUAUUUACUUGCACACUCUACAACUUUGGGCAAGUUGAUCUGAAAUUGCAACUGUCUGUCAGUUCGACUCUAGUCUUGCAUUUUUGAAAUAGCGGAUUUUAAUCUCUUCAUUUUGUUUAUACAUGUCAUAUUUUUAUCAUCAGAAGAUCUGUAGAAUGUAUCUGAAUAUCCAUGUUUUUCUGCAUUUUCCUGCUUUGUUAAACUUCUGAGCCUAUCAAUAUUUUGUCAUGUGUAAACCUUUUUCCUCAAUUUCGUAAAGAAUACUGUCCUCUUUGUGAUAAUACUCUCCUUAUGUCUUCAGUGCAUUAUCAUAUUGAUGUCCAUGUAGGUCAGAGGUGGUAUUCAAUAUUGGUUUUAAUUGGAUCUAAGAACAUUGUAGCUAACUGAAUUGUAAGGCAUAAAUAACAGAACUAUACAGCUGAUGAAGUCAAUGAUAUAUGGCUACAAAAUUCACUUAAGUCGCAUAUUGAAUACCACCCCUGGUGCCAUUUUAUGUCAUUGCCAGUAAGUAACUGUUUUGUACCUGGGUAUAUUUUUGUGUAAACAUGAUGUAAGCUCAUACAAGCACAGUUAAGGAACAUUGUGUGAAACACAGCAUGGUGCAAUAUAUAUAUUAUGAAAUAAUUUUAAACCAAUGUAUAUACAAAUAGUGUAGUGCAUGUUUUAAGUCCCACCUUGUGUAGUUGACAUUUUUUCCCCAUGAAAAGGACUGAACUGGAUUAUAAUCUACUUUGAAAUAUAUCUGUUGAUUGCUUUAUAUGAAAUAAAUAUAUUUAUGAAA